CAGCCCUGCCCGGCAGUGGCUUUGCCUGUUUGAUGAGGUGACCUAUGCAUACCAAGCGGUUGUAAAUCCGGGGAUAUCCCCGCGUCUUUGGUAAGUGCAAACUACGUCCAGGGUCGAUGCACGGGACUGGUUCACCGUUUCCUCUCCUGCAUCUGCAGAUUGUGCCAAAAUGGCUAGAGUCACACGGCAGCUGCUAGCUGCUACUGCUGCUAGCUUCGCCCUAAUGGCUGUCAACUCAGACUGAGAAUAAUACAUUAUGAGGAAGAAAUGUGACGUUAACUCAGGUCAGGUCUGUGCAGAAAGCUACGAUGUUACUUUGCAUCACAAAAACAAGAUAAAAAGGCGAAGAAGGAAAUGCGACACGGGAAAAAAAACAUUUAGAUUCAGGUGAUUCGAGUUGAAUUAAACCCUAAAAUAUGGUUCAUUCCAUUCAGAUUGACAUCCAGUGAUUCUUGCGAUCAACAGUUUGAUCUGUCUCUCUUUUAUUUUACAAUUAGAUGUGUAGUUUUCACGCACGUACAGGCCCGAUCUCCAGUGCUGGUGUCGGAGCAGAUGUAACGGUGCUGCAGAGACUGAAGCUGGAUGUUUGCCUGUCGACGUGCUUUUCACACGGGUGGACACUGAGCAAAGACACGUCCAUGAGCUUCACUCUGUGCUUAAUUCUGACAGUUAUUCACUUUCUUUAUUAGCCCUGAAAGUGAUGCACGAAACUGCUGAAACUGCGCUGCAUGAGCUGAAAUAUCGGGAAUCUCACGUUGUGCCCAUGUCAUCUGAUGUUAAAACGGGAAAAUCCGCUGGAGAAGUGAAGAAGAAACGUUUCCUCUGUGUUCAAACUCAGUGUUUGAGGCCGUAAUGAUCCAACAUCAGUGAUCAUUUGAUCAAAACUCUUUGCUCUGGGUUGCAAAAUGGGAAUUUCUUUUCACCGUCCAGUUUCCAGCUGUGUUUGAGCUGAAUCUGAACUGAGGAUGUGAACCAGUUCAUCUUGUCAGUGAAAAUGAUGCAGCUCACAUGUCAGCUGUGAUCUCUCACAGGAUGCUGGCUGACCUGGACGUUGGUGCUUUCCUCAGCGUGGUCACUGUCCGUCUUCAGUGCUCUGUUGAACUGAACAGAUCGCUUCAGUCAAAUGCAGUGAUGUAGUGUUCAUGCAUUAACUUAUCAGCUGUUUCUUUCCCUCGCUUUUCACAGUUUAGCAUGAGCAUGGAAGAUUAUGACUACCUGUUCAAAAUAGUUCUGAUAGGAAAUGCUGGAGUUGGGAAGACAUGUCUUGUCCGGCGCUUUACUCAGGGCCUUUUCCCACCUGGACAAGGGGCUACUAUCGGAGUAGAUUUCAUGAUUAAAACAGUGGAAAUCAAAGGGGAGAAGGUCAAGCUGCAGAUAUGGGACACAGCUGGACAGGAGAGAUUUCGCUCCAUUACUCAGAGUUAUUACCGUAGUGCCAACGCCCUCAUUCUUACGUAUGACAUUACCUGUGAGGACUCCUUCAGGUGCCUUCCAGAGUGGCUGAGGGAGAUUGAGCAGUAUGCCAACAACCAAGUGGUGACUAUAUUAGUCGGUAAUAAAAUAGAUCUGGCAGAGAAGAGAGAGGUUCUCAGACAGCGGGCUGAAGACUUCGCCGAGGCUCAGAGCAUGCUGUAUCUGGAGACCUCAGCCAAAGAGUCCGACAAUGUUGAGAAACUUUUCCUCGACCUGGCCUGCGAACUAAUUCGAGAGGCCAAGCAGAACAAGCUGGAUAACAAUGACACUGCCCCAAUGCCCGGCGAGGGUAAAACCAUCAGCUACUUGAGCUGCUGCAGCCUCAAUUAGAGCGAGCUGAGCCUUCUGGCCGUGGUAACUAGGUAGCCAUUGACUGUGGAGGGCAGCUGGCCGAGCCCCAAUGCCUCCGUCCCUCAAAGAUGGCAUAAAGCCACUUCUUAGUCGCGUCAUUUCUAGUCCCGUGACUUUUUUAAGCUCUACAAGGGAGUUAUUCAACUUUAGUUUGGCCUUCCAGGAACAAGCAUUUUAAGAUGCUGCCAUUAUGGAGAACAUUGUCCUCAAUGCAGCAGGAUAUAAAGUAUGUCUGCCUGAUGCACCCAGGAAUCUGAGUAGGGCUCCAUUUUCGCGUCUUCAUGGUGAAAUGGCAGAAUUUUUUCUGUUUGGGUUUUAGGAUCCAUUUUCAUUCAGCAUCAGUAUUCACCAGCAGUAUUACGUGAGUAAAACGUUCUACCAGGUCUUUUGUUACAGAUUCCGCAUAGCUGACAACAAGUGUCAUGAUCAUUGGAAGUUAUCAGUAAAUGGUAACACUAUGUUUACAUACAGUGUGUUUAGAGAGAGCAAUCUGUUUGAAUCAAGUUGCAAAGACGUUUUGCAAACUUCCCCUAGAAUCUGUUGCACAAUCAUUUAUUACCUACUAAUUCCUUCUGCUCGGAGAAUUGCGUACAGUUGUAUUAACUUUCAUAAUCUCAUUUCUGAGUAGUUAUUUGCACCUGUCAUUACAAACUGUGAAAUAUUUGUUCCCAAUAGGAGAUUUUUACUUGCUGCUAAAAUAUGUUUUUGUCAGAUAACAUAAACUGAAACACAAGGAUAAAUACUACAUUCAAACAGUAUUCUGUGACGCCAUUCCUUUCUUUUAGCCUACUUAGCGCUUGCAAUUGGUCAAUUGAUAUAGUAUGAAGCAGUUGGAAAGGUCUGAGAUAUUGUGAUUAGUAGAAAUUCUAAACGGUCUAAUCAAUUGACUUUUCUGAAGGUCAGCUGUUUCUUUUAUCCAUAGACGUGAAUAUUUCUGCCUUUGUUGUUGCUGCCUAGCCAUCAAAUUGUAUCACUUUUUCUUUCUUUGAAGGGGUAUUUUCAUGUAGUUCUCGUAUGACUUGUACUUCUUCUGCUUUUAUUGUGAAAGUUCUUAAUUGUCCAGCAUGUUCUGCCAUAAUUUGUAGUGUCUAACUUUAUCUUUCAUAUAUUUGCCAUAACUGUAAUGUACUGUAUUGCACAAUGCCAUAUACUGCACACUUAUUUUUAUUGUAACAUUUUGUCUUUUGUUGUACAGACUUGUAGUACAUUUUUGGCACUUUGCUUUUCUACUUUUUAUUUUCAGUAAUCCCUUUGUACAACUGGCGAGCAUUUUGUUUUGCCUUUUACCUUAGAUUUAUCAGCAGUUACUUAUUGUUAAUCCUUUGCAUCUUCUUGUCAACACAAUGGGAAAUACAAAGGACAACACUAUUGGGAUGUUGUGCUUCUUUUCCUUUAUAUGUACAAAAUAAUCCUGAAAAAAAAAAUACUCUGUAUAACAUUAA